GGUGGGCAGUCCUGGUACUCGAGGGCUGCUGUCCAGCAGGUUUUAGUUGUUUACCUGCUCCAACACAUAUUCAGCAGCUCAUCAGGCUCUGCAGCAGCCUGUUAAUCACCAGCAGAUUCAAACCAGGUGUGUUUAAGCAGAGAAACAACUAAAACCCGGAUCGCCCGCCCCUGCUCAACACCCUCACCUUCCAUUAUUCUGUCUUUUCUUCUUUUCUGCUACAACUUAAAUUCCAACAAAAACAUCUGACACCAUCAGAGAUUAACAAGGUGUUAAUUUCCCAAAAUGCAGUUUUUAAUAACUUUGUUUACUUUUGUUUGCUUGCCUCAUUUUAUUCAACUGAAUAAAAAUGAGUAAAUAUUAUCCUUUAUUCUAAUUAAAAUUAGAGUCACAUGACAACUUUAAUGGUGACGUUUCUGCCACAUUUGCUCUUGGAUGGUCGGUGGUCAUUCUACAUGUUUAGGUUUUACUGAGUUUCGUUUUGCUGGCAGGGCCCAUGCUUUCAUGGUGGUUAAAGCUAAAUGCUGCAGAGGCCAUCCGGCUGCACUAACCACAGGCAAUGAGGAAGUGCUCCGUUUGAAGAUAACAUCACAACUGAAGCUGUAGGUGUGCAGAAUCUGCAGCUUACACAUCUCCAUCCUUAUUUCAUUACAACAGAAAGCCGAAGCGUGGAAAAAAGCCAGAAACGGACAACGUGACAGUUUUUUUUUACAACGUUACUAUCCUGGGAUAACCAGAGAGACACAACAAAGUCACCACUUCCUUUUCUCUUGCUGGACUGCUUCUCUCGCUCCACCUCCUCCUACAGCCACAGCGGUGAAAACGACACCCGUGGACUUGUCUUCAUCUGGAGGCUCGAUCAUCUGCCUCUGGACUCCAGCUCUUUGUUUACAGCAGCUCGCCGACCUCCAUCCUCUAAGUGAAACUCAGAACAUGUCUGAGGCUCUCUGCGUCGAGGGUUUGCUGUUGGGCUCAGGAGAAGGACGUCAAGAUUGUGGCUCCUGCUACCUGAUAAGCAUGGGCUCUGUUGUAGGCGUUUUUGCGGCUGACAUCCUCCUGACCACCUUCAUCUCCGUCUGUGUGUUCUGCUUCGCAAUGCGCCACAGGAGGAGGAGGAGGAGGCCACGCGACGCCCACGAAGGUGACGGACGUCUGCCUUUGUCCGUUUCAAAGAAAAUGACAACAGAAGUGACAGAAUCUCCGUACCAGGAGUUACGUGGAGUCCAGUCAGAUAUCUACAGCGACCUUGGGCACUUUAGGAAAUGACCUGCAAUCCCGUCACAUUCCGUAAAACCAUUACUUCUCUAAUGAGUAAAGUCACAUAAUCUGGUUUUCAGCGUAAUGUGAAAACGUUUCUGUUCGGUGUGAUUUGUCUGUAAUUCUGCUGGUUUGCUGCAU